UAGACGGAAAGAUGGCGGCUGUAGCGCUGGUUAGCCGUCCUGCGAGUGUCCUUCCAAAGAUUGCAAAAGGCAGCUGCUCCCCUGCUGUACUCUCUGCUGCUUCAGUCGCCACAGGCCAGCAGAGGAAGCUGCACCAUGCUGUCAUCCCCAGAGGAAAGGGAGGGCGCUCCUCUUCCAGUGGAAUAGCAGCCACUGUGUUUGGUGCCACAGGUUUCCUGGGUCGAUAUGUGGUCAACAGGCUGGGUCGGAUUGGCUCUCAGAUUGUAGUCCCUCACCGCUGUGAUCAGUAUGACCUCAUGUACUUCAGGCCCAUGGGUGAUCUUGGACAGAUCAUUUUCAUGGAGUGGGACGCCAGGAACAAAGACUCCAUCAAACGGGCUUUGGAGAACUCUAACGUUGUCAUCAACCUGGUGGGCAGAGAGUGGGAGACAAGGAACUAUCGUUACGAGGAUGUCUUCGUCACCAUCCCUCAGCAUAUUGCCAGGGCAGCCAAAGAGGCCGGCAUCACCAAGUUCAUCCACAUGUCUCACCUCAACGCUGACAUACGCAGCCCGUCCAAAUACCUGAGGAACAAGGCUGUAGGAGAGGAUGCAGUGAGAGAUGAGUUUCCUGACGCCAUCAUCUUGAAGCCCUCUGAGAUGUUUGGGAGGGAGGACAGAUUCUUCAACUAUUACGCAAACAUGCGCUGGUUUGGCAAUGCAAUUCCACUCAUGAGCCUGGGGAAGAAGACGGUGAAGCAGCCUGUUCAUGUGGUGGAUGUGGCCAAGGCCAUCAUCAAUGCUAUCAGAGACCCUGAUGCCAACGGAAAGACAUACGCACUUGUUGGUCCCAACCGUUACCUCCUUCAUGACUUGGUGGAGUACAUCUACGGAGUGGCACACAGACCAUUUGUGCCCUACCCUCUGCCCCGCCCACUGUACCACCUUGCUGCUCAGUUUUUCGCAAUGAACCCAUUUGAGCCCUGGACGUCCCCAGAUAAAAUCGACAGGUUUCACUCAACAGACAUGAAGUACCCAGGGCUUCCCGGUCUGGAGGAUCUUGGCAUCACUCCUUCCACUGUAGAACAAAAGGCAAUCGAGAUUUUGCGUCGCCACCGCAGAUUCCGUUACCUGGAAAGUGAGCUAGAUGAGACAAAGCCAGCCAAGACUGUGCCUAAAUUAUACCCAGACUCCUUCCUGUUUACCAAGUGGGGCAAUGGUUUGUCAGAGGAGGAGCAGAAGGAGGCAGAAGGUCUGUACCAGAUCUAUGGAUACAAUGCAUUCCUAAGUAACCAACUGCCAAACGACAGGAAGCUUCCAGACACCAGAGACCACAGAUGUCUGACGAAGAAGUAUCCAAAAGAUCUGCCAAGCGUCAGCGUGGUGUUGAUUUACAUAAACGAGGCUCUUUCUGUCAUUAAGAGGGCAAUACGAAGUAUCAUUUCCCACACUCCAAAGCACCUGCUGAGGGAAAUCAUUCUGGUGGAUGACUAUAGCACUUACAAUGACCUGGGAAAACCUCUAGAUGACUACAUCAGUCAAAUUAACAGAGAGAGGCCCGGACUCAUAAAGAAAGUGUGGCAUAAUCGACAAAUGGGCCUGUCCCAAUCGCGGAUCUCAGGUUGGGAACAUGCCACCGCUGAUGUUGUGGUAAUUUUGGAUGCCCAUGUUGAAGCUACAGAGGGAUGGGCAGAGCCUUUGCUGGCCAGGAUCAAAGCCGACAGGACAGUGGUGGUGUCACCCGUGUUUGAUAAGGUCCAUUUUGAUGACCUUCAUGUAGAAAGAUACAACAGCUUUGCUCAUGGCUUUGACUGGCCUCUGUGGUGCAUGUACGAGUCCUUUCGCCCAGAAUGGUUGAAGAUGCAGGAUGAAUCACAGCCUGGGAAGAGUCCCUCUGUUAUGGGAAUCUUUGCAGCAGACAGAGCUUUUCUUGCAGAAAUCGGCGCUCUUGAUGGUGGAAUGAAAGUUUAUGGUGGAGAAAACGUUGAACUUGGUAUUCGUGUGUGGCUGUGUGGAGGAAGUGUAGAGGUUGUGCCUUGCUCCAGGAUAGCUCACAUUGAGAGGGCGCACAAACCCUAUGCACGUGACUUUAGCACCCUGAUGAGGAGGAAUGCCUUGAGGGUUGCAGAAAUCUGGUUGGAUGAAUACAAGAAGAACGUGUUGAUUGCCUGGAACCUUCCUCUUCAGGGUCAUGGAAUCGACAUUGGCGACGUGUCAGAGAGGAAGCAGCUCAGAGAAAAGCUUAAAUGUAAACCUUUCAAGUGGUACCUGGACAACGUGUAUCCGAGUCUGGAGACAUGGGAUAACAUAUUGGGGUAUGGUGCGCUGAAAAACAGCCUUCGUAUAAACUACUGUGUGGACCAGGGACCUAAUCCAGGAAACAUCCCCAUCCUGUAUGAGUGCCACUAUAUGGAACCACAGCAAUGCUACUACAACACAGAUGGUGAAAUCAUCAUCGGGGGGAUUAAAUCUCACAAAUAUAACAAUAACCGCUGCCUGGUUGAUCCAGGCACUGGCAGCACUCCCACCCUGCAGGACUGUCAGCUGGGAAAGCCACAGCUACAUAUGCACUGGGAUUUCAAACAGGGCCAAGCCAUCAUAAACAAAGCAACAAACAGAUGUCUUGAGAUCGCCCAAGGAUCAAGCUCAGACUAUGAGCUCAUCAUUCAGCAGUGCUCUGGACAGAGCUGGAAGAUUCAGCAUCGUGUCACACAUUUUUAG